UUCAGGUGUUUGACAGGAUUUAUAUUAUUCCGAAUUGGGUUGCCUAUUGCACCAAGAUGUUACCUCAAAUAAUCAAACGUUAUUUUCCCACUCGUUACCGGUUGUUUUUGCCUGCUCUCGUAAUAGCUGGUGUCCUGCUAUCGUUUUCACAAGUCCGUCAAAUACUGAUCAGGGAUACACUAACUACUAACCAUGGGUUUAGUGACCGUUUCGUGGACAUGACAAAAUUUACUGCACAUUUAAAUUUAGGAUCAGUUCUGAAUGGCUUUUCGCCAACGCUUUCCCCGCAAACGUACACCAAAUACAACAACGGGAGCUCCGACGAGGACAAACUAAGCCGCAAAAGUGGAUUGAGCGACCAAAUUGAAAACAUGACGAUAGUGACUGCAUAUUUUGAUUUAGGAUCUUUUAAAAAAGGACCUUCACGAAAGUUUUCACAAAAAACGUACAUCAACUGGGUUAAAACUUUUAGAUAUAUGAAAAACAAUUUGGUAGUUUAUACAGAUUCUAAAGUAUUUGCUGAUAUGUUUCGAAAUCUGCGUAAAGGAAUGGAACAGAGAACAAAGAUUGUGUUGGUGGAAAGGACGCGUUUUUGGACAUUUCGAAUUCAUGAUAUAAUAAAGAAAAUUUACUCACAGAAAGGAUAUCCUAAACACUAUCCAAACACUGUUUUGCCCGCGUAUUCGUGUGUACAGCAUUCAAAAUAUGCUUUAGUUGUUGACGCUAUCAACCAAAAAUAUUUCAAAACAAAUGGUUAUGCAUGGCUGGAUAUUGGAUAUUUUCGCGACAUUGUAAAUUCAAAGAGAUCUUUCACUCUAAAUUACCCGAAUGAUUUCGACAAGCAUAAACUUGCCGUAAAUCUAGUUUAUCCAACUGUUUCUUUGAACAUUAGUUAUGAAAAAAUAGUUUACAGCAAUCAAGUUUGGGUGGGAGGGGGCAUUUUUCUAGGAACAGCUGAUAUUAUACUGUCGUUUGAGGCUCAGUAUAAAAGAGCUGUUAUGUUUCUACUUGACAAACAGUUGAUGAGCACAGAUCAACAGGUAAUUCUUUCAAUGUACAGUAUACAAGGAAGGAAAGAUGUGAACGCGACAGUGCAACUUCAACUUUAUUCGCGAAGACAAAACGAAACUAAGUUAAAGAACGGUAACCCAUGGUUUUAUCUAGGAUACAAAUGUUUGACGUUUACGUAGACUUGAAUUAUUUUAUAGUAUUAAUGUCAAGCUGUCAAUGCAUGUAUGUGUCAAGUAAAGAUGUUAAUUCCGGGACCCUGUAGACAAAACAUCAUCAGCUUAACGACAAAUUUAUUCUUAUAUUUCACAUGAAUUAAUUUUAAAAUUAUUAAAACUGAUUAGAAUAUAAAGAAAUUUAAAAGACAAUCUGAAGAAUGACAGACAAAAGAAAUGUCUAUAUGAAAAUCUGUGAAAACAUUUGUUUUCUGGCUUUUAAUAUGACUUUGUAAUGCAAAAGGAGCAUGAAAAAAAUCCUUUAGGUGACGUAUUUAUUAGUUCUUUGAGAGCAACAUUAGUCGAGCGUAGUAAUGGCAUUGGAUAGGUCAAUCUCUGCAGUAUUACUUUUCUUCAAAUAUCAAACAAUGGCAAUUUCGUAAGCUGUAUCCGAAGAUGUAUUAGAUACGAAACACUUCAGUUGACAAUUACUUAAUUGUUUUUCUAUAGCGACAAUCAUAAUAAAACAUUAUAACCUUUUGAUAAAAUAAACUUUGAAUCUCUUUGCAUACCAAUUUUCUCGAUUCGGCCUUUGACCAUCAAU